AUGCGACAGGUGCUCAAGGCCGGCUUGGGAUGCCUCGUCUCCCUGCUGCUCGCCGCACCAGCCGACGCAUUCUACAUUCCAGGCUGGUCGAUCAAGAGCUACAAGGACGGCGAGCAGGUGCCCUUACUAGUGAACAAGGUCUACUCCGACAAUACCCAGCUGCAGUAUGCCUACUACGACCUCCCCUUCGUGUGCCCGCCGACGGGUCAGCGCAGGCCCGGCACCGGCUUGCUCAGCGGACAGAGCAUCCCCCUGAACCUCGGCGAGGUCCUCCGCGGCGACAGGAUCAAGACGUCCGACAUCGACCUGGUCGUCGGCCAAGAUAAGCCGUGCAACUUGCUGUGCAGCCGCGAGAUCGGCCGCAAGGACAUGCGGCGGGCUAAGGACAUGGUGCAGGACGGCUACGUCACCGAGUGGAUUGUCGACAACCUCCCCGGCGCGACGAGCUUCGUGACUGUCGACAAGAGCCGCAAGUACUACGCCGCCGGCUUCAAGCUCGGCUUCACGGACUACUCGGCCAGCAGCGGCAAGCCGCGCUACUUUCUCAACAACCACCACACCAUUGUCAUUCGCUGGCGCAGGGCCCCUGGAAAAGCGGGCGAGCGCGGGGGCAAGGUCGUCGUCGGCUUCGAGGUGUACCCAAAAAGCAUUGGCCCGAAUAACAAGCGCGACGAGAACGGGUGCCCCGCGGACCUGCAGAACAUUGACCAGAACUUUGAGCUCUACCUCGCCCCGAACAAGUCGUCCGAGACGCCGAAGCAGCAGCAGGACAACCGCGAGUCCUCCUCGUACCACCCCGCCGACGAGGAGGAGGAUCUUGACGACGGCGCCAAGCUCACCGUCCCCUACACCUACUCUGUGUACUUCCGCGAGGACAACAACAUCGAGUGGUCGCGGCGCUGGGACCUGUAUUUCGUGAACCAGGAGGAGGGCCAGAAGAUCCACUGGCUGGCGAUCGUCAACUCCCUCAUCAUCUGCGGUUUGCUCACGGGCAUCGUGUUGAUGAUCCUGGCGAGGACAAUCCGCUCCGAUAUCAAGGGCUACAAGGAGGUGGCCCUCGAGGAUGGCAAGCCAAAGCUGAAGCGCAAGAAGACGGCAGGAAACAAGUCUCCCAGACUGUCGGAGAAGGCCGGCGGACUGCUUGACCAGGGCGGAAUCGACACCGAAAAUGACGCGGACGUGUCCUCGGACGAAGAGGCUCUGGAGGACGUCACGGGCUGGAAGCUGCUGCACGCCGACGUCUUCAGGACGCCCCAGGAGGGUUACCUCCUAGCCCCGCUCGUCGGGUCGGGGAUGCAGCUUCUCUUCAUGGCGGUCGGGCUCGUUCUGCUGAGCGCCCUGGGUGUCCUCAACCCCAGCUUCCGCGGCGGCUUCAUUAGCGUGGGUGUCGGGCUGUUCGUCUUCGCUGGCCUAUUUUCGGGCUACUUCUCCGCGCGGGUUUACAAGACGUUUGAUGGCCAGGAUUUCCGCAAGAACGCGCUCGUCACUGCCGUCCUCUUCCCCGGUCUCCUCUUUGGCGUCGUCUUCAUCCUCAACCUAUUUGUGUGGGCGCAGGCCUCAAGCACGGCGAUCCCCUUUGGCACGCUCGUGGCCAUUGUAUUCCUCUGGCUCUGCAUCCAGGUGCCCCUCGUCUAUGCCGGCUCCUGGUUCGGCUUCGUCCGCAGCGGAAACUGGGAGCACCCGACCAAGACAAGCCUUACUGCCCGGCAGGUGCCCCGACAGGCGUGGUACAUCAAGUCGUGGCAGUCCGUCCUCCUCGCGGGCCUGAUCCCCUUUGCGGUAAUCUUCAUCGAGCUGCUCUUCGUCUUCCAGUCCGUCUGGCAGGACAAGAGCGGGUACUACUACGUGUUCGGGUUCCUGGCCGUCGUGUCGGUGAUUUUGAUCGUGACCAUUUCCGAGGUGACGGUGGUGACCAUCUACGUGCGGCUAUGCGCGGAAAACUACAACUGGUGGUGGCAGUCGUUCGCGGUCGGCGGCGGCAGCGCCGUGUGGGUCUUCUUGUACUGCGUGUGGUACUACUUCUUCAAGCUGCAUAUCACCGGUUUCGUGAGCAGCAUGCUUUUUUUCAGCUACAGCUUCCUGGCGUGCUGCGUAUACGGACUCCUGACGGGGACGAUCGGGUUCCUGAGCGCGUACGCUUUCGUCAGGAGGAUUUACGGAGCAAUCAAGGCAGACUGA